AAAGGGCAAAUUCCAGUUUUAACGGAUUUCAAGAUCAGGGAAAGAAAAUGGGAAAAAUGGGAGAGGAGCAAGACGUGUCAGUGCACUCUCCAUGUCAGGCCCCACCCUCAUCUGCAUCUUCUCUCCCCAAGGAGCUCCCACAGGUUGAAUUGGAGCUGAGAUUGCUUGAAGCGCUGGAAAUAUACCCACCAAUCAAAUUGCAGGGUGUUCACCGACACUUCGUUCUAUAUGGGUUGAUGGAGUUUAUGAGGAAGAGCUUGGAUCGUCAAUUCUCCCCAGAUGAGGUCCUGCAAUUGUUGGAUCGUUUCUUCAAUUUAGAAAUGCUGAAACCAGAUGAUGAGGAGAUGGAAGUUUUGAACCAGGAGGAAGAUUUUGCCUUGCCAAGGAGCUUUCUUGUCAAGGAAGAAUAGGCAUCACUACAAAACUCUCCAACAGGAAUGUUGUAUUUGUUUAUAACAUUUAAUCUCAAAAUGUUCGACGAUUUGUUGGAUAAUUUGAUAGGAAUUUGAAGGUCUGCCUACACAGAUGGUUGGACGAUUUGUUGGAUAAUUUGAUAGGAGUUUGAAGGUCUGCCUACACAGAUGGAGGAGUGUAUAUGUUAGAGAGUUUUGUUUUUAGUUUUUCAAUUUUGUUUAAUUCAUGUUGAUAGUAUUUGCAUGGUU